UUAAACACACACAAACACACUCAAUAGCCCCUACAAAGAUGAAAGUGAUUGCAUCUUCUUCGUACUUGGCAGUGCAGGCAUCAUUGGUGCUGGUCCUGAUCCUAAUCUUGCAAGAGGGGGCGGUGAACAGAACCAUGGCGGCUACAAUCAGCUGCAAGGCGAUGGAGUUAAGCCCGUGCGCCGUGGCCAUAGUGUCGGCGAAGCCCCCAUCUGCGGUUUGCUGCAGAAAGAUAAAGCAGCAGAGGCCGUGUCUCUGCCAGUACCUAAAGGAUCCAAACCUUAAGAAGUUUGUCAAUUCUCCCAAUGCCAGGAAAGUUGCUGUCACAUGUGGCACCCCAUAUCCAAGGUGCUAAAUUAAUUAUGAUAUUCACCUACAUGAUAUAUCUAUAUGUAUCAUGAUAUAUAUAUUAAUUAUUACCUAGUAAUCUCCUUGUCUUGUGGCUGUCACAAGGAUUUGUUUUGUUUGUGUGUUAAUUUGUCAAUGUAAUGUAUCCUUAGUACUAUAUAUGUCAAGUACUUAUGUUUUAUUUC